GACUCUACAUAAAAUGAGUUCCGCACCGGUAACAGAAUUAGACUUCAUAUCAGCGCUUCAAGCUGUUGGAGCAUUGCAAAAAUCGGAUGAAAUAGGUGUGCCAUCAGAUUCACAAUCGAUUUUAAACAGUACACCAAUGGAAGCUGUAUCCAAUCUUUCGUCGAAUGCAUUUCCUGUAUUUGAACGACCGGAUUCCCUUCGUAUUAUACAUAAUCUUGUGGAAGGUUUAUUACGAGUACAAACACGAGAUUCAUCUACUGCACUUCGUCAUUUGAAUGUCGUACUGUCAUCUCUUUUUAGAUUUCUUAAUGAUCCGAAUUCUGACGUCCGUAUAGCUGCAGAUGAAGGCCUAAACAAACUUAUCAAGUUCCUCCGUUCAAGUAUGGCAAGUUUAAUUUUGUUGGAACUGCUUAUGGAGUUAAAGCGUAAUCAUAACCCAAGAUCUGUUUCGGUUGCAUUGUCGAAAUUUGCUUCAUUAUCUGCACAAAUUCGAACAUCUAAACGCAGGUUUUAUGCAAUCAACUUGCUACCCGUUCUAAUAUCAAUCUGUGAGCAAGAAGAUGAUUUAUUGUAUGAAAACAUGGUUGAUUCUUUUCGACUAAUUGCAAAUGAAUUAUUUUAUUACGCAAAUGAGAAAGAACUACGUGGCUUUUUACGUACACAAUUUACACGGUUAUCAUCGAACAAAGCAUUAGUACGCCGUUCAGUAGCUCAGUCACUUGUAAUCACAUGUCAAUCAUCCCGUGCACCACUUACUUUGUUGCGUUACUUACUUUACCUAAUAUUAAUUGAAAUGGACUCACUCACUAAUCAUUCCCAAUCAAAACUAAUAAUAACUGAGCGUGAUAAAUCAACACCUUUUAAUUCUACUGCUUAUUGGACGGGUUUAUUCAACACAAUUCGUUAUUUAUCGAUUGGAUGGGAUCAGUUCUCAAAUAACUUUACUAAGGGUACAUCUUUUCUAGGCUUAAAUAUGCCUCCAACAUCGUCAACACAUUUAGAUCCUAUCAGUACUUUGCAUUCCAGAUUAGUUGAUCCUGAGAGUCAUGAAAUGCCUAAUCCAGAUAACUCAAGUCCUCCUUCUUCAGAAGAUAAAAUUGAUUCAUCAAGAAAAUUACCCAAAACUGAUUAUACAGAUUCCGAUAAUAAAAUGUGGUCAAAAGUAUUUUUCAUGUGUUUACAUCAUGCUUGCUCUUUCUCGACCUCAAAUUCAUUAAUGGUACAAACUGCAUCAUUAGAGGCGUUUGUUCAACUUUUAACAGUUAGACGUCCACUAUUUUUAUUUCCACUAAAUUGGCUUACAAAUGUUACAUCAUGUUCGUCACCAACACCAUCAUCAUUCAAUCAGCAUUGUAUUACAACUAAUCAUGACAUUAUGAACGAUAAAAUAAUUAUUGACUCAUCACCUCAACAAUACAAACUGUAUGAAAAUGAACUGGGUAUUAAUACUACCAGCUACAAGGAAACAGCUAAUUUUGUUGCAACCAAUCUUUUGUCAAGAACGCUUUCCUCCGAGUCAAUUGAUGAUAAAAGUCCAAGCUCAGAUUUCCAGUCAGUUGACAGUCGUGAUACAUAUUUCAUUCGAUCAGCAUCCUCUUCAAGUUUAUCUUCUUCCAUAAAGAUAGAUUCGAAUGAAACAACAUUAAAUGAACAAGAAAUUCAAAAUCAAUUAUCUGUUGUUCGUGCUCAUUUGGCUAGAGAUGAAGAAAAAUUAAUAAAUGAUGAGAAUGGUGAUGUAUUCAGUUAUUUAGGUUAUGAUAUUAUCAAUGAUUCAUCCAAAAAUGUGGAAUCUGCUCAAACUGAUGACAGUCAAAACUCAAUUAAUGCAGAUGAUCAUAUACACGAUCAACAACCAUCAUCCAUACAUUAUUCGAAAUUUUGUGAUUUCAAUUUAAUGGAUCUUAUUAACCGGCUUAAUAAUCAAGGUGAACCAAUCAGUCUUGCUCAAAGUGAUUGGUUAUUACCUUUUCUUCUUUUAUCGUUUGAUAUGAUGCCAAAAAUGCAGGAGACUUCUAAAAUUCAUUAUCAAUGGCCAAAACCUUUAACUUCACCUCGAAUCAGUUUACAGUUGCUUGUCAUCAAUUGUUUAACUCAACUAGCUCAGCUUAAUCCAUUCAUAUUUUUUGUACAGCUAAAUGGUAAUCAAUGUUGUCCUAGUGAUCAACUAAGUGCAGAAAAAAUUCAAUGGCCUACAGCAGUUGAGGUGAUUCUGGAAUUUCUCAGUAACAGCACUGACCCACAAGCUGUAGGUCAACUUUGUAUACUGAUUGGAAAUCUGAUCGCUUCUUAUUUAGUUUGGCAGAAUUUAAAUGAUCAAGCUUCCGAUUAUUUAUUAAAUGAUCAUAGCUUCUCUGUGUAUACAAGCUUAAAUCAACUUUUCACCAAAUUGGAAUCAUAUUUGAAUACAAAUGUAUCUGGCAUAACUUUACGAUGGGCUUUAUCUGGUUUACGAACAUGUUCUAACGCUAUAUUGUCUUGCGCUGAUCGGGAUUCAUUGUUAUAUUCAAAUAAAUCGAACAUAUUACCAGAUGAACUUUUGGUGCAUCGUUUUCUAAAAACACUGAGUUCAAUUGUUAUUCAUGCAUCACGUCAUCCUUAUCGAUUAGUUCAACGUGAAUUUUUAACCUUAGUGACUGAGCUUGACUGGGCAUCUGUUGGAUAUUUAGAAGAAACAUUGAAGACACAUGAAUUAACAAAGUCAGCGUUGUUUUCUGUCAUGUCUACUAGAUUAAUAGAUUUGACAUGGAUAGAGUGUUGGCGAAUUUUAUGCGAUUCUGAUCCAGAUUUACGUGGACAAGCUUCUAUAGCAUUGAUUGCAUUAGCUUCUAAUUUGACUAGUGGUAUUGGUGAUAAUUUAGGUAUUUCCACUGGUGGUUUUCUGCCGAACCGUAUUAAUCGAAAUUUACACUUUUGGCUACCACAACCAUAUUCACAGAUGAAAGCAAAAAUUUCAUGUUAUGGUUUGGUCGGUGCUUUAGGUAUCCUUGGUUUACCACCAUGUUUAUCUACUCUACCAAUGGAAAUGGAUGUUGGACCGAUUGGAAGACAAUUUUAUCAAUCACCAACAUCACAGUUAUUGUAUUUAGAGACAGAAGACAACAAAAUAAGUAAUCGUAUGACUGGCUUCUGUCCAAAUAGUACGGGUGCUACACGUCUAUUCCGUAAAUGUUUGACUGCUUUGAUGGAAUUGCCAUGUUCUAGUUCUUUACCUGAAGACCGCUACAUGCUGCUUGGUGUUGUAGGUUGUUUGAAUCAGUUGAUUGGAUCGUCUCAUUUACUUAGUUAUUCUCAUUUAUGGUUUGAUUCUACUUCCUCAUCAUUAACUUCAUCUGAAAGUACUUUAUCAAAUGAAAAUCCCUUGCAACCUAUAAAUCGUAGAUCUCGUCUAUCUCUCUUAUCUUGGCAUUGUCUCACUCUAUUAUCAUCAGCUCCAAUAACAUCAACUGACCUAGAACUCCAUUCUUCUCUAUUAAAUUUAUGUACUGGUUGUGUAACACGUUGGUCUGUCUAUACGCUCUUGGAUAAAUCCUCGAACAGUAAAGAUAAUAGUGAAUUACCUACAUCAAAUGAUCAACAACCAUUUACUCGUUAUGCUUUAGCUUUCAUGCAACACUUGAUGAGGGUUUGUUGUAUUCUAUGGCAUAUUUUUGAAGCAAUUCAUUUACCUCAACAUAAUCAGCCUGAUUCAGUAUCGCACAAAAUACCAAUUAGUUCAAUUUACUCUGGUUUAUCUGAAUCAUUUAUACAUUCUGUAGCGAAUUUAGCUCAAACAAGCGCCAAUUUUUCUACGGCCAAAUUUGAUCAAGAGAUCAAUGCUUCUGCUGCUGUUGGUGCCUCCACUAAUACUCCUAUGAGUAAUAGUAGUAGUAUUAGUAGUAGUGCAGAUACAUCAUCUGGUAAAAAACGUUAUUAUGGAACAAAAUUAAGUGGUUCUUUGAGAAAGCAUCUACCUGCACCUCGAUAUUCCACUACAUUAAGCUCUACAACUCUUGGAUAUUUUGCCAACUUGCCGCAAUAUGUUUCAUUGUAUAAAACUCUUAAAGCUGCAUAUAGAUCCUUUAAGAUAUCUGCUGAUUUAACUGGUUCUCAUGAUCGAUUAAUGGGUUUACUACAAACUUGCCUGUAUUCUUUCGGUCGAUUAUUAGAAAAUCUUCAUUUCGAUGAAAUUGCUCCAUAUUCCGAUGAGUUAUUAAUUUAUCUAACUUCAUUUUACAAUUGGCAACCUGGUCCAUGCUUAGAGUUAUCAACUCAGUUACUUCGUGCUUUUGUUGGUACCAACCUUUGUAAUCAAUGGGACAAUCAACUAGGCCAAUUAUAUUCAGAUGCAUUAAACUCUCAUGUCUGCAGUCAAGAAGCAAUGAUAAACGAUAAUAAAGUGAAGAAAUAUUCUAAAACUCAUUUGAAAAAUACUAUCGAUUCCCAUGUCAGUAAAUUAUUACACCAGAAUAAAACAUUCACUAAUUAUUUAUGUGAUCAAAAUGUAUUGGAAGAAAACAAGACUUGUUGUUGGAUUACAAGCUCAGAGCUGUAUCAAUCACCAAUUUCUGCAUGGAUUCGUUUUGCACGUCAACGUCGUAUUCCAAUCGGUCUUAAAUAUGCAAAUAGUACAGAGAGAAUGGUAGCUGCAACGCCAACUCAAACAAUGACUAUGCCAACGCUAAAGAUUAAAUUUGAUGCUCAAUUAUUUUUUAAACGUCUUGAACAUAUUGUUCUAUGUGGUAUGGAAAAUUAUAAAUGGACAAAUUGUUAUUCACUUCAAACUAGUAUAUUAGAUUUAUUAAUUCAUUUGAUAUAUUUACGUAUGAAUUAUUGUCAACUUGAUAUACAACAGAAAUUUCUAAAUACUGUACUUAGUCAUUGUGAGAAUCUGGCGUCAGAAAUUCAACGUCUUGAGACAAUAUCCAUGAUGAAUGUCGGUCCUUCAAAUAAUCAAUUCAAUAAAGGGAAUCAACAAUUAAAUUUAAAUAAAAAAUUUUCAUCAAAAUCUUCCAUAUCUUCAACAUCUACUUUUCGUGAAUACUGCGAUUCUGAUUUAUUUCUGUUUCCAAUGGUGAAUUUAAGAGAACCAACUAUAGUACAACAACAUCAACGUCUUGUAAACGCUUUAUUCCGUUUUUUGGUCACUUUAACUUAUCAGUAUCGUGUAAUACCUCCGUCUUUAACAUCAGUACCAUCAACAUCAACACAUACACAAUCGAAACAUUUAGAUUCUGGUAAUUCUGAAAAUUCAACAACUUCUGUUGCCUCAACUACUGCUAGUGUAACUAGUGACAAUGACGAUACAGUUGAUUCACGCCUUGUCGAACUAAGCCAGGUUGUACAUUUAGCUGAAUCAUUAGCAGCAGAAACUCAUGAUCCUGGCAGUGUUGUAUUCACUGCCAUGAUUCCAGUAAUUGUUGAUUUAUUUGUCAUUCAACAACCAUUAUGUCAAUUAAUUAAUAAUCCAAAAGAAAAUAUUGAUUCAUCAACUAAAAUACAUCAGAUUCAACAAGCAAACGCUCAACGUGAAACGAUUUUUAGUUUGCUUGUACGUCGACUUAGUCAUUUGCCAGCUAGUUAUGAUCAAAUCGCAUUGAUACUUGAAGAAGUAAAUCUAUCCAGAAAAAUACGCAAAAAUGAAAAUUCCAUCGGUAUCAUUGACUGUUUAACCCAGAUUUCGAAUCAUAUCCUUUCACAUCUGGCUACUGGUAUAGCACAAAUCGAUAAUCGUGCUGAUUUCGAUGCCCUUCAACGUCUUCUAAAUCAUCUAGUUAUGAUUAUUAAUUCUUUAGAAGAAAAUGAUUCAGCUCAAGUUGUUUGGAAUAUCAUUUUAAAAGUUGAAGAAGUUUUCUAUAAUGAAUUUAAUUCUAAAAUACUUUUAGACAGUCAUAAUAUAAUGCAUUUCAUUCGUUGGACUGUGACACAAGUUUUCUGUAGUCGUUUCCUUUUUCACUUAUUUCAUUGUGUCAUAAAACGAUUACGCUCAACUCAUGCUGUUGAUAUCUCUAAACAAGUAACAAAACUUUUUGAGCAUUCAUUGUUUGCAUUUCAACAAAUGAUUAAUGGUAUAAAAUGUUUCCUACUUUAUGAACCAGUGAUUAUUGGUCAAUUAACGAGUUUAGCAUUUGAUUAUUCACUGAAAUCUAGUAAUCUCAUUCUGUUGAUUCAUCUAUCUUUGAAUCAUUUAUUGAAUCUUAUAGAACUAGUGAAAUCAGACUUUUGGAUCAAUAUCGAAUGGGACUUUGAGCGUACAUUGUCAUUAGUCCAGUUUAUUCAAAAACAAAUUUAUUCACUUGGAAAAUAUGAACCAUUACUUUGUUUAUUAUGGUAUCAAUUGAUUUAUUCUAAAGAAUUAAAUCUAAUGAAUAGAAUACUAAAACAUUGUCACAUCAAAUCAUUGUCUGACAGCUAUAAUCAUGAACAACAACACACUGAUCCUAUUUCAUUUGAAAUAUUUUCGCCUAAUCAUUUGAUUGAUUUGAACUGGACAAGUUUAAAUUUGGAAAUUGUUCAUCAGUCCAUCAUGAUAGCAUAUAUGCAGUCACAAUUGAAUUCGUCUAAUGUUGAUAUUGUCUUACAGAAUCUCUUACCACCAGUAAAUGAUCGUCAUGCAACUUAUUCAUACCAAAAGAAAAUUAUGCGAUUACUUAAUAUGUGGUAUUCAGGAGAAUUGAUUGUUUGUGAUUUAAUGUCGCAAUUAUCAAAUUCAAAGAGUUCAUUUAAACAAAUUCACGAUGGAUUGAUGGAAAAUCUAUCUUUUAUGUCUCUGGAACAAAUACGCUUUAUUCUAAAUAAUAUGUUCAACAAAAUUUGUACAGAAUCAGUAACUUAUCAACUUGAAUCAUUAUUCAACAUAUUUAUUGCUCCUCAAUGUAAUCUGUCAACAGUUGAAAAAGAAAAGCAUUGUUCAACUUGUAUCAGGAGUAUUAUGCCAAUUAGUUUACGGAUAAUAGCAACAAUUAAAGCUUGUAAUAUAUUAGAAUGGAUUCUUAAAAACUGUGAUAAUCAGAUCCAGAAACUGCAAUGCGUCGUGCCAUGUCAUGUUUUGAUGGACUAUCGUACGCGUUCAACAGUACUUAAAAAUAAUUUAAAAUCGGAUCGAUUACUUAUUUUGCUUGAUAAAUUGAUUGAAUGCACGAAUGAAAAACUCGACGAAACUGAGAAGUAUGUUUCUCCUAACACCUUAACCCACGUUCAUUUUAACUCAAUCAUGCAGCAACCUAACGAAACUACUUGGUUAUUGAAUUCAGUAAAAGAUCUUUUGAAACAAUAUGAUUUAUCAGCUACACUAAAUGGAAUUCGUUUGAUUCAUACUCUGUCAGAGUGUACAACUAUUGAAGAAAAAACUAUAGCCAAUAUUCUCAAUUCUGUGUGUCUUCGAUGCUCUCCACGAUUACUGUAUUAUGCUUUAAUACUUGGUUCAUCAGCAUCAUCGUCAUCAUCAUUAUCAUCGAAUUCUUUUUCGUUUAUACCUGUUGAUAUUACAAAUCAAAUGAAUAAACCUUGUUCUAACAUAUCUCAUAUCACACCUUGUGUAAAUGUUUUAUUUCGAGUUGCUCAGAAAAUUCUCUUUCAACACAUACAGAAUAUUGUAACAAAUCCCAGAGAAUUGUUCACAGAAUUAGAAAAUCCGAAUUUAGCUGAUUCUGUACAAACAUAUAUGACCGGUCUGUCAUUUGCCUUGUUAGAAUUUCUUCGAGUUUUACCUCAUAUACCACUUGGGGAUUUGGUGCCAAUUGAAAAAGAAACAGAUGCAUUAAGUUUUCUACUUAUUCUUAUUGAGUUUUUCUUUCACUCAAUGGGUUACCCUUAUGCUCAAAUAACUAGUGUUUGUUCAGGCAAUAACAGUUCUAGUACUGAUCAAUUAAAAGCUAUAAACAACGAUGAUCAUGAUAAAUCUUCACAACAUUAUAUCAUAUCUGUAACAAUGAUACAAACAACUCUUCGAUUAUUAAAUUAUAUUUUACAAACAGCGUUAAAUCGUUCUGCCAAAGGAGUUGAUUUAUUUGGUGGUGAUGGUAAAAAGAUUUUAUCCAUCUUUCUUAUUUUCAUAUGGAUGAUUGAUAAAUCAGCAUGUCUUUCUGAGUAUACAACAAUUUGGUCCAAAUCAACUAAUCAACAUAUGAUUGAUGCUGUUCAACGAAUACUUGAUGAAUAUUCACAACAAUCAAUAACGCAAUCAUCAUCAUCAUCAUCGUCAUUAUUACCUUCAGAAUUAUCUACAACAAUUUUAUUGAAUAAUUUACUCACUCCAUUAUAUCCACCUAUUAUGGGUUUAUGGUGGCCUGAUCCAAUUUGUGCAUCAACUUUGUCUAAUUUUUGUGCUACAACUGUAUCUUAUGCAUCAUUGUCUGCAUUGAAUUCCACUUCUUUAAAUUCAUCAACAAAUCAAAAAAGAUUAGGAAAUAUAGAAGGUGGAUUUAUUCAACCAUGUCAUAUAAUUAAUAAAUGUAGAUUGUUACGUUCAACUUUUAUUCAAUCGACAGGAUUAGAUAUAGUGAAUCAAUUAAAUAUUUGUACUUCAGGCAUUUCUCGUCUUCUACAUACAUUAAAUGUAUCUAGUUCAUAUAGUUAUCGUUCAAUUAAUAUGUCAUUAUUGCAUGAAUCAAAUGAUGUGAAAACAUCAGUUUAUAGUGAUUCAUUUGUAAAUCUAGAUUUAGAUCAUUUAACAUUGAAUAUUACACGUCUUAAUGCUAUGGGUUGGUUAGAUCGUAGAGAAUUUGAAAGAAUUUGGACAAAUUAUUUAGAAUUAUUAUCAUCUGCAUCAGAUACUCAACAAAAUAUUUAUUCAGUUACGUUAGAAUCUUAUGAUAAUGCUCAAUUAACUAGUUCAGAAGAAUUAAUUGAAUGUAACCAGUCUAUUGUCAUUGGUCUACGUGGUUUAACACGAUUACUUAUGGAUACAUCAUUGAAACCCCAGCCUGGUGAUACACUCUACUCUCGAUUACAUCAUCACUCUCGCCUUGAAAUACCACAUUUCUCGCAUACAAAACUUGGUCGGAAAUUGAUUUCACUACUAACUUUAAUUAAACGCGAACAGGAUUAUAUGAACAAUUCCAGUGAAUACCCUCUCGCCUAUACAACAUAUUCUGCAUACAUGAAUCAAAUAAAUGAAACUGAAGAUUUAGAAUUAAUGAAUUUAGAGCGUCUAACUGAUUGGUUCUCAGAUGGUCCUAGUCAAUUCGCUGUAGAUCGAUUAAUUCGACGUUUAGAGAUGCGAGAAAAUCCUAACUCAACCACAUGGUCAUCUGUUGAUGUGGAACAUACCAGUGAAAGUGAACAGCUACAAUCAACAACAAAACCAACGACUUCUCAACCUAUUCUCACUUUACCAACUACAAAAUCAAAUCAUUCACGUUCAGCCAAUAUUGUCACAUUACAAAAUUAUGAAGAUCCUUUAUUUUCAUGUCUUCAAUCAUUACAAUUAUUUUAUCAUUCAUGUCUUAAACCAGAACCAUGCCCUUCUAUACGAUCAGAUAAUGAAGAUAUGAAUACAUUAUUGCUGGGCACAUCAAAACUUGUUGAAUUAUUAACACCGAAUUCACCAAUUGCCUCUUCUACUUUAUUCAAUAAAAAUUCUUUUAAUAAACAAAUAAAACAACAAAAAUCAACAACAAUAAAAGGACCAGCUUUUGAUGUUUGGCAAUCAAUUCUACAAUCAGCUAUUAUUUUAUCAGAUUUAUUUACAACACAAGAACAAUUUAUUUGGUUAAAUGAUCAUUUACAAGAUGCAUUAAAACAAUUACCAACAUGGAAUGAAUUUCAAUCACCAAUACAUUUAUGGUUAGCAUUAGGCAUUUCAAAAUGUACUGCAGUAUUAGAAUUAAUAAAUAGUUCACCAAAAAAUUCCUGUGUACUUCAAUCAAAUUCACUUGAACCAGCUGUUAAACAAACAAUGAAUGCUAUUAAUUCUAGUUUAUUGACAAUACAAAAUGCUGGUUUACAUAGUGCAAUGUAUUUAUUACAUGCAGCAUUAUUAAUUCGACGACAACCAUAUCAACAACAAUUACAACAACAUAGUCCACCAACUGGUUCAUCAUUGUUAAAUGUACUUUAUACAUAUUUAUGCAAUUAUCUGGAAAAAAAGAUUAACACUAUAUUCUGCAAUUCAAUGACAACUAAUUUACUAGGUACAGAAACAUUAGGUAAUCAAGAUUUAUCCGUUUCGUCUACUGGAUCAUCCGGUAUGAAACGAUUCAUGCAAGCUGUACUUCAUCCAGGUGCUGCUAGCAAAGUCACUAGUACUCCUAGUGUGGAAAAAGAAUCUUCUAUGGUCAAUUUAUCAAAUAUUGACUUAACGGAUCACAUAGAACAACAUCAAUUAACUGUAUUAUCAACAGCAUUUUUCCUAACUGAACACUUUUCUGAUCCACCAAUCUAUCCUAUUGUAACAGAUUCAGGUAUGGGUAUUAGAGAAAUGCUAUCCGGUUUAACAGCUAUAUUAUUUCGAUUAGCAUCAUCUAUGCUUAGUGAUGUGCCUAUAGUGAAUCAAUCAAAACGAACAAAUAAUACUAAAUGUUCAACACUGAGUACAGGGACUACAACAGAUUUGAGUUAUUCUUUUCCAGUUCAUAUGGCUUGGUGUCAAGGCAUUGAACGUCUUAUUUAUAUUGGUCGUCUUGGUAAAGGCGCUAUCGGUAGUCUACAGAAAAUGUGUAUCAAUCGAAUACGAACCUGUCGUUCGCCGCAUAUUAGUUUUCUUGCUAUUCGUUUACUACUAACUUGUAUGUACGCAAAUUUAGGACGACUAAAUGAUCGUAUUCAACAUUAUCGACGUAUUCAUCAAACUCAACCAUCAGAAAGUACCAGCAUAAAUUAUGAAAAGGAUAUUAAUAAUAAAAUUAGCCCAGCUGAUAUGUCAGGUACUUCAGAUACAUCUGGUCAGUCCUCAAUGAGACUCCCAUGUCAAGUCUCUGACAAUAGCCCUCUUGAAUCGCUUCCUUCAUCAAUUCUACAGGAUUUUGAAAAUAUUGCAGCUAUUACACAAGAAUCUCUCAAUUGUCUAUGGGAAAGACUUCGUGGUGGAACAUCACUCAUUAACUCUCCCGUCCAACCUACUCAUGGAUUACAAAGUCCUUGGACUAUGAGUGCUUGGACAAGUGUUAUCGAAGCUCGUUUGAUUGCAAGAUUAUUACCUUUGAUCAGUAUUGAUGUGACUCAAACUGUUACUAGUUUAUUAAUCACUCCAGAAUCAGCAAAUAAACAGUCAGCUCUUUCAGCAUCUGUAAUUGGUUGUGAUUCUCUACCAACUUCUGUUUUAAAUAAAGCCUUAGGUGAAUUCGCUCGUGUUGAUCACACAUUUCCAAUUUUAGCAGCUUCAACUUUGACUGAGUUAUUUGAAGGUUUUAUGCAAACUGAAAAUGGUCAAAAUUUAAUACGACAAUGGAUACUUCUUUCAUUCCCUACGCUGUUAAGUCGUCAACCUUCUAAUUUAGCAAUAUGGGCUUGUACUGUAUGCUUAUUAGCUGCAGCUACAGAUCAGAAACUACGCACAGCGCUAUUUUUAUGUCAUACUUAUAAGUUGUCAAAUAAUUCAUUCGAUAUCAACACUGAUGCAAAUACUCAUCAUGAUCACUCACUUUCUCCCGAUUCAUUCAUCGUCAAAUCCGGUGUCAAUCUCUACAUAAAUGAUCUUUUAUGCUUAGCUGCUUAUCAUUUUGUUACAGAUGGUUUAUUAAAACCUAUUUUGAAAUCGGAAUCAGAGAUAUUACAUAAUAAACGUCAAACUGAACGUGAACAUUUUCUAGCUUUGAUCAAGGAUCAUUGUGAUACAUUAAGCAAUAAUAAAAUUAAUCAUCCCAUUACUACUCCAACUACUACUACUACUACUACCAAUGCAACAAAGGAUAUCAGUAAUGAUAUUGAAAAUUCCUCUGUAUUUCAUCAAUUAUAUCAAAUUAUUAAACAACAAGUCGUUGACAAUUCAUCUCAUAAAUCCAAUUAAUGGCUGUGGUUGUUUUGUUUUAUUUUACAGAUAAAUAAAAAAAUUUUUUGAAUCUCAAGCAAGACUUUCUUUUAUGAUAGAUACUACAUGUAUGUAUCUUUUUUUUCCAACGUUCAUAAAUUUUAUUUUUCAAUACUCUUUAUCUCAUUACAAUAAUAAUAAUAAUAAUAUUAAAAUUGUGUUAAUCUGUCAGUGUAGACUGCCUUUUUUUUUUCUUUUUGAUACUACUUUCUUAUCUUAUCAUCCCACAAUGUAAGUGAUUGAGUGCACAUAACUAAGGAUAGAUGAUGGAAUUAAAAAGGUGAAAGGUCAAAAGUGAACUUUCUGUUUUUUAAUGAUCAUGUUAAAAUAAGUACCCUACCUACGAAUAGUAAAAUAAUAACAAUAAUAUUAUACUUGACAAGAUCAGUCAACAUUUAAUUGAGCAUAUUUUUGUUAUCAUUAUUGUUUGUUCUAUUUUGUUGUUGUUGUUGUUGUCGUUGUCGUUGUCUUCAUUGUGGUCAUUGUUUACAGAUAGUUUUCUACUUUUUUUUUUACUCUUUUUAUUCUUUUUAUUUGGCUGUAAUGGAUUAUUGUGUGUGUGUGUGUAUUUUUUCUAUUUUAUUUUAUCACUUAUCAUUGAAAUGUUCACCUUCAGCACUCACAUGUAUUUAUUUAUAUGUUAAUACAACUGAUUGGAUGUA